ACCUCGCAGUUCACAACAUCCACACCAGCCACCGCACAUCCCCACUGUACAAUCAGCACGGAUGCAUUAAGACAAACCCAACACUCAUCCCCCACCUUUUUCUUUUCUUUUUUUUUCCUUUAUUGUGGGGGUCUACAUCUGCUCUCCAAAACUGCUUGACCUCCUCAGAAAAGCGGACCUAAGAUUCCCCUCAGAAUUCGGUGCUAGAUUUUGACAAUGGGGAUCAAGACAGCCCUUCCUAAGACUGAGCUCUACCUCUACACCUCUGUCCUCGCACUAGCUCUUUUAUGGGCAGGCAGUUGGAUCAUAGAGGCAUCAAGUGAGAAUGUAAACAGGAAGACCUUUAAGGAGACUGUAACACCAGGAUGGCACUACUUUGGAAGAAAAAUGGAUGUGACUGACUUUGAGUGGGCGAUGUGGUUCACUACUUUCCGCAACCACAUCCUGUUUGCCCUCUCUGGCCAUGUAAUCUUUGCCAAAAUCUGCUCCAUGAUUUCUCCCAAGAACAGGUCGCUGAUCUACAUGCUCUAUGGCUGCUUGACGGUGCUCAUCAUUAUGGGCUGGACAUACAUCUCUCUCAUCCUGUCCCACUGCAUCAUCCUCUACAGUGUGGCCCUCAUCAAGAGGAAGUGGCUCUGCUUUGUGGCUGGCCUCACCAGUCUGGCCACCUUCAAGAUGGAGCCCUUCAACUCCUGGCAGGCUGGUUUUGUGACUGGCACAUUUGAGCUUCAGGAUAUCCUGUUCUAUGGAGGCUGUGGGUUCUCCAUCAUGCGCUGCAUGAGUUUUGCCCUGGAGAACUGUGAGAAGAAGGAUGGCAACUAUACCUUCAUGGAUUUGAUUAAGUACAACUUCUACCUCCCCUUCUUCUUCUUCGGACCCAUCAUGACUUUUGAUCGAUUCCACGUCCAGGCUAAUGACCCUAACUUGACACGUAAACCCAGAGAAAUGUGGAACAUAACCAUCCAUGCUUUGGUGCACCUGGGAGCCAUCUUAGUGGUGGAUGUGUUCUUGCAUUUUCUGUAUAUUUUGACCAUCCCAAGCGACAUGAAGCUGGUGAAAGAGCUCUCUGACUGGUCUUUGGCUGGUUUGGCCUAUUCCAACCUUGUAUAUGACUGGGUGAAAUCAGCUGUCAUGUUUGGUGUUAUCAACACUGUGUCACAACUCGAUCACCUGGACCCUCCCCAGCCUCCUAAAUGUAUCACCAUGCUGUAUGUCUUUGCUGAAACGCACUUUGACAGAGGAAUUAAUGACUGGUUGUGCAAGUACGUCUAUGACUACAUUGGAGGCAAUCAUGAUGGAAUCUUCAAGGAGCUGGUUGCGACAAUCUCUACUUUUGCCAUUACAACUCUGUGGCUUGGACCCUGUGAACUGGUCUAUAUUUGGUCUUUCUUCAACUGCUUUGGCCUGAACUUUGAGCUGUGGGUGGCUAAGCUCUUCUCUCUGCCACCUUUGUCUACUAUUGAGGGUGUUAUGUCUGAGGCAAUGUCACGCCGCAUCAGGGGAUUGUUCAAUGCUGUCAACUUCUGGCAAAUUGUCCUUUAUAACGUCCUCGCCCUGAACAGCCUUGAUUUUGCUAAGCUGGUGGCCAAGAGACUGCUUUUCAAGGGCUUCCCUCUGUCCACUCUUUUGGUGCUCUUUGUGACCUACUGCGGCAUUCAACUGGUGAAGGAGCGAGAGCGAAAACUGGCUCUCCUGGAGGAGCCGGAACCGGCAGAGCCUGGCAAACCCAAAACUGAUUAAACAAGUGCAACGUGACGGUUCACUGAGUCCAAGCUUUCAUACCAAACCUGAGCAGCCCCCGUCACCAUGACCACUGCUGAACACAAGCCUGUUUUUUAAGCACAAGGCGUUUUUAACUGUGAAAAGUCCUCAAGUGCACUUGCUGUGUAAAUGCCAACUGCCCUUUACCACAGACUCUCACAUUCACACACUGAAACCAAGUGCAUUUUUUUAUUUAAUUCAUUUUAUUUAAAACUAUAUUGGAUCUUCAGAGAAUGGGCUUGACAAAUAUUUUAUGCAGAUGUAAUAUAUAAAACCAUUAAAGCCAGAAAUGCCA